AGCUGGCAAAGCAAAGGUGGCACAUGCCAUUUAUACGCAAUCUGAUUGGCUCAAGCAGCUAAAGCUUCAUAACGGUCUUGACUGUUAGAGGAGUUAGAGGAGUAUCAGAGCUGAGGAGUGAUUUCAUUGAUUUUUUGGAGAUUUCGACACAGUUUAAAGCAAAAUAUCCCUUAAAUACUUCACACAUACACACACCUUACUCCUAAACAUAUUCCUGCACUUUCUGACACAUAUUAGCCCACACAGCAUCAUCCCUACACAGUAACACAACCUUCACUCAUUUCACUGCACACCCAACAGUUUUUUUUUGCAGGUUUUUUUCUUCUAGGUUUUCAGUCCUUACAGAUUUGCCACUGACUGGAUAAUGGCUAGUAGGCAAGAGAAGAAAAGUACAUAUACCGAGGCUUUGUCACCUGACCUCGAAGAGUCGAUGAAGAAGAGACCCACCGAGGAGGCCAGUGAGGGUCCCGUAGAUACUGCCAGGCCUGAACCUGCUUCAGUCACCAGCACCGAUUUCUACCAACUGCUGGAACAUCCACGGAUCAGUAGAAGCCUGGUAAUGGACUCCUGCAGGAAGGUGACAGAUAAGUACCUUCUGGCUAUGGUGAAGGUCUAUUUCCAGCGCGCCGAGCUCAAGAAAGAAGAAUACACCAUGAUGAACUUUUUCGCAGCCCUGCUUCUGGCCAAUGAAAUGGAAGACGAGACACCUUUCCAUGACCUGAUUUACCCCUGGUGCCUAGGGGAGGAAUUUUGGAUUACAAGGCAGGAGCUGAGGAUCUGCAAACUGGAGUUGUGGGUGAGAAUGGGUUUCAAAGCCCUGGUGAGCAGAACAUCCUGUGAGGAGGCAAUGGAAGAUAACCCGACCCACUGGGUAUGGAAGCGUGAAAGACAUCAGAACCAUGGCUUGGCCAUCAGGUGGCACGCAAGACAGAGGGACUUUUUUUACUUCCGUGUCCCCAAUAUCAGUCCAGCCUUUUGCUCCCAGUGUGCGCCCAAACCCCCAACUCCAGAGGAAGUCCGGCCAGACAAGGACUUGCCAUUCAAGCUGCGGAUGAAGAAGAUGUGGAAGAAAGACUUCCUAUAAGUUCCACAUUCAUCCUUUUAUUAAUAUAUCAUUCAUAUUUUUGACAUAUGUUAUUAUAGAGUUUAGGAUAUAACUUAUUGACCCUUUUUAUUAGUGUAAAUUAUUAUAUUUAAUUAUUUAUAUUUUAAUAUGUCAUAUUGCAUAGAGAUUUAUAUUGAAAUGUUAAUACUAUAUGUUAUAGAGUUCUAAAUGUAAGUACAGGUAUAAGUAUGGGACCUAUUAUGUUCAGGGUUAUC